UCGUCGGCAGCAUCAUCACUUAUUUGGAGUCGAGCCAAGCGGGUUGGCGACACGGACACAGCGCCCAGCCCAUCGACCCUGCUAGGACGGCUCGCCGUCGGCAUUUGUUUACCCUGCGCCCACGACUGGAACAAGGAGCAAGGUUUGAUUUGCAGCGAUGGCUGCCACCGAAGAGGACCCGAACCUGCGACCUCGCUACGUCGACUUCGACGGCUACCGACUUUCCUGCGCGUUCCACGCCGACCUGCUUAAGUCGGCGCUGGAGUACAAGCCUGGCUCGGACGACGUGUUCGUCGUCACGUAUCCCAAGUGCGGCACGACGUGGGUGCAGCACAUCGCGUACCUGAUCUACAACGACGGCCAGAAACCGAAGGACGGCUUGGACUUUCUCAAGAACAGCCCGUUUCUCGAGAUGACCGGAGUCGGCUGCUUGAAGACCAUGAAGAGGCCCGGGAUCAUCAAGUCCCACCUCCCAUACUCCAUGAUGCCCAUGUCUCCCGAGGCUAAGUACGUCUACGUGUGCCGCAACCCCAAGGACUGCGUGACGUCCUUCUACUAUCAUACCAGAGGAUUCCCGGGGUACGACUUCACCCGUGGUGCGUUCUCGACGUUCUUUGACAUCUUCUGCGAGGGCCAGACGGACUUCGGCGACUACUUUGAUCACGUCCUGGGUUGGUACGAGCACCGAAACGACCCAAACGUCCUCUUCUUGCACUACGAGGACAUGAAGGCACAACCACGGGAGAACGUGCUCAGGAUCGCCAAGUUCCUGGGCCAGUCGUAUUACGAAAGGCUGCAGGAGGACGCCCCAUACCUCGAGAAUGUUCUCAGGUACAGCGACGUAUCUGCCAUGAAGCAAUACACCAACGACUCUCUGGUACAGUUCUUCUCAAAGCCCUUGAAAACUGAAGGUGGAGAAGUUCCCGAGGGCCUGCAGCUGUUCCACAAGGUCACGCACGACCAACCCGGUGAUGCCAAGCUGGUCCGCAAGGGAAUCGUGGGUGAUUGGAAGUCGCACCUCACGCCUGAAAUGAACGAGAGGCUAAACAGAAAGAUCUACGAGAAGCUCGUGGGCAUGGAGUUCAUCGAGGUCUGGAAACAAUACGGUGUCAUAUGAGCUCAAGGCGUCUCCAAGAAGAUGUCUCUGCUGUUCGCUUGGCCAGUGACGUACAACACUUACGGCUUGUCGUGCCUGCCUUAUGACUAUAGAAGUGUAGGAGGACGUGUAUUUUCUACGCAAGCAUGCACGAAGUCUCGGCAUGCUUAUACCGUGUGUAGGUAGGGCGCACCCAAGCCCUCAUGAGAGAGACAUAUUUUAUUGAAUGAGUACUGGAGAGAUUUGACCAGCGGAAUAUCUAUAUAGAAAGCUCCUUCUGGUGGCUGUGAGAAUGCAUGGAGAGAUUUACGCGCUGUGCAACGGAUACAGCCCAUAACGCCACCACCAGCGCCCCCAUGACGUGCCGGCCAUAUAUGGGUAGUGCAAAGUGAGCCCCGCGAGCGAACGUGCAUCGGCCCUCCUCUUUCGUUGGUCUUAAGGCGCGAUUUCCUGAAAAUCAAAGACCUGAAAAGCUUCUUCUUUCAAUCCCACUUCCCUUCAGAAAAGUAGGAAGCUCAUCAAAACAAACUGCGGACACAAUGCGAAAUAUGUCCCAGUUAUUUCUGCGUACUGCAACUGGCACUUAUAAGUGCGAGUGAGCAUCGCAUGACAUCGAGUUCGAGGCAAGCACACAAGCACUCCGACGUUCAUUUUGUAACGCCUGAAUGCGUUAAAAUUGGGCAUACACAUGAUGCCAAAGUGAUGAAGUGCAUACGCGAGCGAUCCAUCUUACGAUCAGUGGUACGAAGCUCGCUUUAUCUGGCACGAAUAGCCCUCCCGAUUGCCAACUUUGCAGUUUCAUUUUCAAUCUAUCUCUCGCUUCCUGUGCGUUGAACUGUUUUAUUACGCGUGCUAGAAUGUUGUGUGGACGUUUGUCAUUCCUUUCUGUAUGCUGAAAAGUACUUCACGCUAGUACUUCAUGGUGGUUCGGUUACGCAUCCCACUAACGGAGAGAAAUUCGUAACUCUUUUUGUAAGAGUACACCUAAUAGUUAGCUCAAACGUUGUUUCGUACGCUGUAGUUUAACCUGGUUGUGCAGCCAACUGUGCAAGGGAGUCAUGCUUUGCACUACCCAAAAUUGCGUCCACAGGUGGUGCUGCGUCUCUGCAAAACUCCAGAGUCUGACGUAUAUGAAAACUCACAGUAACAUUAAAGUGCUAUAUUUCCAGAGUACCAGUUUUUCUCAUAAACUUCAAAAGUUGUCUCUUUGAUUAAAGCCGCAGGUAGUACGUGUCUAUCUUUUGAGAACGUGAGUUCAAAAGA